UGUAACGUCCCAUCAGCACAGGGAUUCCCGGGCAGAGUCCUUCCUCGCAGAACUAGCCCAGAUGCUUCAUUCCACCGUGCAAUGGCUGAGACAAUAAGAGCUUUGCACUGCAGAGGAGCCGUCAUGCCUGGCAGUUGCCAGGACCUUUUUCCAGACGCGGGGGCUUGAACUAGCGGAGCUGCCGCAGAGCUAGGAAUCCGGAGAGCGGAUUUUACUUGUAAAUCCGAAUCGGGUUGUAUGCACGAUGCGGAGCAGCGACAGGGGAGGCCUUUAAAUCCCAUGGCAACCCCGGCUCAAGCUUUUGGAGGCUGACCUGAGUGUCUGGAUCUGUGAGGCCCAUUACAUCCUUCCCCACCCUGAGGCUUCCCCAUGGAAACUGCCCUGUUAUCCAGAGCGAACCGACGCUCUGCCUUGGCCAAUGCUUGUUUUAUCAUAGCUCUUGCACAAUGCAGCGGGAGAUGUCCAGCUGCCCUCCCUGUAUAUCUGCCCCUCUACUUCAGCACAGACCACUCCCACGCGAGCCCCAGCCCUGCCCCUCGCAACAAAACAUUUGGUCUGCCGGGGUAGAUUUCCCUGAACAACCAGCAAUAAAACACACGCGCCCACAGGCUAUCAAUCACCCUGCAGCCAAUCUUUCUCCUGGACACUGCAUAGGAACCAGAGCAGAGGCCACUCAGCUAGCCGGGAAGCUGCCGCGUUUCAGCCCACUCCCCUGAACCAGCCUCACUUCCCACAUGGCUACAUUGUUACUCUUUUAGCCCCACCCCAGCCUGCUGACCUGGUUAUCUGAUUGGCCCCCAGGAGCUUCCCCUGGAGGCAGAGGAAAGGACUUGGUCACAAGCUAAGAAGUUUCACUGGGGAGGACGGAAGUCGUUGGAGAUAGCAACCAAAAGCAGGCUGUAAUUGCAGCAGCAGGUCUGAAACCAGCCCUUCCCCUAAAGGAGGGAAUCAAUAGUAUUGGGUGUCCCCGGGGGGCUUCACAUGCAGGAUCAUCAGCACCAAGAGGAGGGAGAAGAGAAGGAGGAGCCUGGCCCUGAAAACGCCUUUGAGAAGAGCCCCUUCCAUCUGACAGCAGAGGAUGUCUAUGACAUGUCCUAUGUGGUGGGCAGGGAGCUUCUGACAAUAAGAAGUGAACCUAGUAGGACUGCCCAAUUGCAGUUUAAGAUAGUGAGGAUUUUGGAAAUGUUGGAAGCUUUGGUGAAUGAGAGCAACUUGACAGUGGAGGAGCUGAAGAUGGAGAGAGACAAUCUCAAAAAGGAGGUGGAAGGACUCAGAAAAGAGUGCCCAGCAGGGAAGGCAGAGCAGCUGAGCCUUGGACCAGACAAAAUGAUAAUAGAUCUCACAGAUCCAAAUCGUCCACGGUUCACAUUGCAGGAGUUGAGAGAUGUGCUGCAGGAACGUAACCAGCUGAAAGCACAACUUCUUAUUGCACAAGAGGAACUACAGUGCUGUAAGAGUGGCCUCAUUUCACAGAAGGAGGACCAGGCUGGACCAGUGCAAAAGGAAUCCACUGUCUGCAAUCCUUCUGGCUCAAGCAAGACUAAUGAAGAGAAAACAAUCAUAAAACGUCUGUUCUUUUUCAAAUCUGGAAAAUGAACAUGACUGAAAAUUGAGCCACAUCUGCUCAGCAAGUUGCAGCCCUGGAGAAGAAACAUUAAAAGCAAAGCAUCAGUUUCACUGUAGAGAACAUACCUUAUCACAAGAAUGUGUAUUUGCAUAUUUUGCUUUUAAAAAAACAUUUCUUUCAAUGUUUGUAUUAAGGAAUAAGUGGGGUUUUUUUUACCUCCUGUUAAGGAUGGCAGACUUCCUCUAGACAUAUCCAGGCAGAUAUAGUAUGGAAUAAACUAUUUUUUAUAUUGCUAUAGCUAUUUUCAGUCUUUCAUUGAACCAUAUGCAAGACAUGCCCUGUAGAAGAAAGAUUACAGGCAGUCGCCGACUUACGCAGAUCCGACUUAUGUCGGAUCCACACUUAUGAACGGGGCUUUCUCGCCCUGGAGCUU